ACACACACACACACACACACACACCGCGGCUCCACCUCGCUCGGCGGGUGUGUGAAGAAGAUCCAGCCCGUUAUUUCAAGGUUAUCUCCAGCAGGAACCCCACUUUUCGGAUCCUAUGGGAAUUUUGAUAACCGCAGUUAUUCUCUGGGCUGCCGUCGGAGUGGGAAGCCGGCCAGUUACCUCACCCCUUAAUGAUGCAAAGGUUGAAUGUAUUAUUCAGGAGACACUGAACGAAGACGGGUCUCAACAUGAGUGUGACCCACCGCUAGCAGAGGAACUUGAUGAAGUGCAAAGACACCAGGGCCUGCUCAGGGAGCUGCAGAGGCUGGCUGGUGAUGAGCAAGAAGACGACAAGGAGCAGGAUGAGUACAACCUGGCUGAUGAUGAGAGCGACUUCGAGCAGGGGGAUGAGGAGACGGAGGAGGAGAGAGACCUGACCAACCUCCCGAAAGAGACAGAGGAAAAGAAAGAAGACAAGACAGAUGCAGAUGACACCAAGGAGAAGAUAAUGGAGGAGCCCCGGAUCGAAGACAGUGGGAGGGACAAUGAAGAAGAGCGAGCCAAGGAGCUUGAGGAGCUGCUAGCUGAAGAGAUCACCAAGGAAGGGAAGGAGGAGCGGAACGAUGAAGAGCUCAAAGAACUGCUGAAAGAGCUGAAGAAGAAACGCUACGAGGCGGUGAAAGAGAGGGAGAUCCAGAAAGGUUCUGGGGCAGAGCAGAAGGAAGAGGUGGAGAAAAAGAAGGAACGGGAGGACCAGGAGAAGAAGGGAAAAACAGUGGAGGACUUGGAGAAGCAGAGGAUUGAGGAGAGGAAGAAGAACGAGGUGGAGCUGAUGGGGGAGAGGGAGAAGGUGGAGAAGGAGCUGAAGGAGCUGCUCAAAGAAAGAAAGGAAAGCAAGAGCAAGCCGGAGCAGGAAAGGGAGAGGAAGGAGAAGCAGGAGGAGCUGGACGAACUCGUCAGGAAGAUGAAACGGGUGCAGGAGGAGGAGCAGCAGGAGACGCACGCCGGUGAGAAAGAGGACGGCGUGGACGAGAGGACAGCAGAGGAGAAGAGCGAGAAGAAGGAGGGCGAAGAGGAUAAGGUUCCCAACGAGAAAGCAGAGAAUGAAGUCAAGAAGAAGGAGGCGUUGGCGGCUGCAGAGGUGAAGGAGCCGCUGCAGAAGAGAGUGAUGGAGAAAGCGAGCGAUGAAGCCACGCGGCAGUUUGAGCGGGAGAGGUACAAGAAUGCGGAUGACGAGGAUGGGGACGAGGAAGAUGAGGAUGAAUAUGUCAGAGAGGAUGAGGACGGGCAGGAGGAGGAAGAUGAUGAAGAGGGUAACGCCGAAGAAGAUGAAGGGGAGGAGCUGCUGGAGAUUGAAGCAGAGUUGCGCAAAGUCGCUGCAGAGCUGAGGGAGCUUCGCAGAGGAUAAGACACACACACACACACACACACACACACACACACACACACACACACACACACACACACACACACACACACACACACACACACACACACACACACACACACACACACACACACACACACACACACAACAGACUGACAAAAUCCUUUGUUGCAGUCAAAGUCACACAUUCAGCUCACACAGCUCACACACCAUUUUACAGCCUUCAAAUCCCCACAGCACUCAGAGAAAUGUCUUCAGAUGUGAAUCUGUAAAUGGACAUAAGUAGAAACUGUACACUGUUGUUUCAUUUAUGCUUAAAGAUUGCCUGGAAAAUGUGUCUGAGUGUUAAGGAAAAAGAGACACAUUUUCCUGAGAAUCUAAAAGAUAUUUGUGUCCAUCUCCACUUGUGUCCCUGUCUCGGUACCUGUAAAUGCUGUUCGUAAGGUAGACAGGUGAUUUCUCUCCAGUUGUAAAAAAACGGCAUGGAUGCAAAGCAUUCAGCACUUUUAUUUGAAUGUUGUUUUUGACUGCAGAUUGCCAACCACACAAACACCAUCGUCUUUUGAAAUCAUGAAUACUGGCAAGCAGUGCUUCUUUUCUACGAAGGUAUCAUCCUCCACGGUGUGUGGGAAAAACAGAUUCCCUACUAUAAGUAAUGUGUGUAUUUCAAUAUCUAUUUUGUGCAAUAACUGAUAACUAUGUGUAAGCUGUUCUUGCCCUUCUGACUGUUAACAAUAUGUAUUACUGAUAUUUCUACACAGGAGUAAGUCAUGAUUUCCUCUUUGUUUCUUUGAUGAUAAAGUCGAAACGAGGAUUGUGUUUCAUUUGGCUGUCGCACUGUUAAAACCCGACUGUUUGUGAUGAACCAGGGUGACACGAACAAAACACAGCGUUGAAAUUCGGACACUUGUGUCAGAUGUUAGGUUUGUCUUGUGCGUGGUUAUAGUGUGUGACCACAGGAUGUGAUGUACUUAGAGCUUACAAGGUCUGAAAGUGUCACUUCAGGUUCUCAGCCAGCUUUGCACUCUUAUCUUAACAAGCCAAGGAGGAGUUGAGGGAAGAGGGAGUCACUAAAGCCAUUUUGUUGUCUUUUGGUAACAGCGACAAUGACAAUAACACUGAUAAAUGCUCAGUAGCGUUCCGUCACAGUUGUCAUAGUUGUCAUGUAAUCUGUGUAAAUAUCUGAUAUCAUGGUCUAUAAGCCAAGGUCAUAGGACAUAUGAAGCAACAGCGCCCCCUAGAGGACACUGGGUAGAAAUGCACAUGCCGCAGGAUAAACAGGGUUACCACUGGAGGCCCCCUUACUGCAAUAACACAAUAUAGAAUAGAGCACAUGUGAAUGCAAUAAUUAGCCAAAUAAUGAAUGAUUUCAUGUAUUUUAAUAUGUUAUCAAAGUGCAUCAUAGAGUACUCAUAUAGCAGAUAUAAUCUCUCUUUUUCUACACAGCCAAGAUUUACAAUACAUUUAUGUAUUUGAACACUGGUAAAGUAGCCGGUUGGUCAACUUGUGUUAACACGUAGUGCUAAUAACACACAAGCUCAGUCAACACGGAUGAGCUCAUUACUGUCUAUUCCAAAGAUGAGAUGUUUGUUCACUUGAUAAAAAUGAAAAAAAAUGAAUGUACUGUAGUUUUCUUUUUCUUUUUUAGUGCAAAAUUGUUUCCACAAACUGUAUCUUACAAACCAGCAAGAAAGAUGUAGGAAAUGUCUGUGGGGGGGGGGACAUAAGGGCAUAGAUGACAUUUUGAUCAUUAGGAAACAAACAAUUAUAACAAAAAGACCAUUUGUAAUAUUACUGGCCAAUCAGAGUGCUGUAUUUUGUGCCUGCUGUAACUUCUUCUAUGCUACCUGUCAAUCAAUAAACGGAAAGUGUAUUAAACUA